AAUUGACGCAACUUCCUUUCAAAAACAACAUGGUGGUGGUGUAAGACGAAAAAAGAAAAUGCGUUUAGAAAAGUGUUAUUUUUGUUCUUCCACCAUCUACCCUGGUCACGGAAUACAGUUUGUUCGUAACGAUUGUAAGAUUUUUAGGUUCUGUCGGUCAAAAUGUCAUAAAGCAUUUAAAAACAAGAGAAAUCCACGAAAGGCCAAGUGGAUAAAAGCUUUCAGAAAGGCUGCAGGGAAAGAGCUGGCUGUGGAUCCAUCGCUGGAAUUCGAAAAACGCAGACAUGUCCCCGUCAAAUACAACAUAGAACUGUGGCAGACAACGUUCAAAGCAAUGAAGAGAAUAGAAGAGAUACGAGUAAAAAGACAAAAUCAAUUCAUUCUAAACAGAUUAAAUAAGGGCAAAGAACUCAGGAAAGAAGCGGACGUGAAGGAGGUUGAAACAAACAUACACUUAAUCAGAGCACCAGCGGCUCGAGCCAAGAAACUUGAGAAGAAGAUGGUACAGGUGAUACAGGAAGCAGAUGAUGAAGAUAUGGAAGAAGUUUAGGGAUCCAAGGAAGGGGGAUCUAACAGGAGUGGGGAGAUCAUUACUGUUCACUGACAUUCUAUAGAAUGACAAACUGUUACGUGACCUUGAUUGUUUUAUUCUUCAUCAAAAUUGAGAAGUUUUCCUUUUUGUACUCAUAACUGAUGAAAGAACAUUUUUAUAAAUCAUUGGAAUUGAUGGUUUAAAACAGAUAAAAAGAUGUUGUCUGUUACCUUUUUAAAGGUAGCAAUAUUUAAUAAAUUUAAAAGGAC